AUGGAGGAACAAUUGUUGAUAUUUCAGAAGAGCAUCGUCCAUGAGGAUAUCUAUAAAAUAGAGCCAGAUCGUCAACUUUUCUACGGUGUUCCAGAGAAAAUCAAGCAGUUUCAGGGUAUGUUUGGGUACUACACUCGAAAUUUCGAAACAGUAUUCCAGGACAGGUUGGAUAUGUGCCUUAUAGAUCAGAAGCAUUUGACUGAAAGUGAAAUAGGUCCUGGUUUGAAACAGAAAACCAAGUUUUUGGGAUGCACUUUUAGCAAGAAAGAGGCUUGCUUGAAAAAGGGAAAUAAAAAAUCAACAGAAAUGAAAAUCCAGUUAGUUUUGUUGGUUUGCAUUGUAGCUUUCGUGGCAGCACAAGCACCAGGUGUACCAGAUUCGAGAUGUCCAGCAGUAGAUUCAGCACAACCCACCUUCCUUCCAGACACUAAGGAGUGCGCUGUGUUCUACGAAUGCUCUGGUGGCCUUGCUUUCCAAUUCAAAUGUCCACCAGGAACUAAUUGGGACAAUACCCAAACCGUCUGCGACCGCAACGUCAACUGUGGAGAUUUGACCACUACCACUGCUGCACCUGAAGUUCCGACAACGAAGAAGGCGUGAACUCCAUUUAUGUGUACUACUUUUUCGUGAAUAAAUAAUUUGAAUGAAUUAUUUGUUUUUAUA